AUGACCAGAGUUCUCUUACCGAUUGUAACAUUUUCAGGUGGUCAGAACGUUGUGCUCACACUUUUGGGUGCACCACCCGAGCCGCUUGGACUUUAUGUCAUACCCGACUCGAAACUCGAUACGAGUUCCAUACACGAGCCUGUGCUUAUAGAGCAAAACACUGGGAAGGAGGACUGGAAACGGAAACGAAAAGAGUUACUGAGUCAAAUGUUGGAUGAAGAACGGAAGCAUGUUGAGGGACUUCGCGACUCAGAGAACAGCGAGAAGCUUGACCGUGCUCUGAAGCGGAUCGUGUCGCUUCAAUCGCAACUGCGACACGUGAAACCAGCCGAACCCCCUUGGAGUCAAUCUCGUACUCCAAUGGAUGGCGACUCGGACGAGGAUGAAACGGAGAGUUUGCCUUCACGAUAUGUC